AUGGUCUCCUCCAAGAAAAGCAAUGUCAAUCGUAGACGAAUACCUUUAGGUAGCAAGGAUCAGAACCAACAGAUUCCCAGUUUGAAUAGGGCUAAAACUUCAUUAAACACAUCUGCAAAGCAUGAGGCAACAGCUCCUGUAAGAAAAGCGAUAGGUCCAAAAAAAUUGCCAGUUUUAACAAAGGCAAACUCGUCAUUAGGGUUUAUUCAUAGAAAGAAUGAACACAUAGAAGUCAGCAAAUCGAGACCGCCUACAACCAAAAUCACGCCUCAGCUAAAUUCCGACCUUUUUGAGAAUUCUAGUGGCCAUUCAAGUAGUAAUAUUGUCACAGAUAGUCUAUUGAAGAAGUCUAUUCUUCCUAAGGAUCCCGUAGUUGAUCUUAACAGCACCCUCAGUAGUGCAACUGCUCAAUUGCAUGCUUCAAAUAUCAUCAAUCGUGAUAUAAACGCUAACAAUGUUGAUCCUGUGAAGAAGACUACGAUGAAAACGAAAUUCGAGGAUCGCAUUGAGCUUCCUGAAGGCAUAGAAGAUGUAGAAGUAGAAACAAUUGCAGAUCGGCCUCUUCCGCUCGAGUCAUAUCCCGUAGAUAUGGUGCCUUUUGACGAUGUAGAUUUGGAAUUCUUCUCGAAACCCAGCAGGACUGUUGUUACCGAUGAAAACCGAAUUGUAUACCCGGAGGUCGUUGAAGCUGAAAAGGAACUCAAGAGUAUGGCUAUUGGAGACUUGCAACUAGAGUUCGAUUACGAGAACAACGACGACGAUGGUGAAGAAAUGGAUAUCACUACGGUGGGAUUGAGCAUCGAUGACAUGAAGGAUUUGUUGGAUUAG